GGGUGGGAUCAGGAGGGAGGAGGGAGGUAUAAUUACAGUAGGACACAGGGAGAGGUACAGAAGGAAAGAGAGAAAGAGAGAGAGAGACAGCAAAGAGAGCCCUGCCCACUCUCUCGAAACCAUUCAACUUGUGCACAGUGAGCACUCACAGACUUCUACAGAGAACUACGCUUCCCUGGGGUAACCUUCUGAAGACGACUGACCUUCCCACACAAAACCUCCCAAGGAUCAGACAUCAUCUCCACUCCAGCACUGGCAAGACCAUCUUCUGUCCACACCUCUCCUUCUUCAGCCAUCUCUCCUUUUUAAACACAAGGAUUAUUCUUUUUUGUUCUCACUUUUAGGUGUCACUUUUUAAACUUUUAUUCCAAGUCUUACAGUGCUGCCUACAUUUAUUUGUCCAGAGCUUACCUUGUCUGGAGUUUUUUUUUUAAUCUCUUUUGGUAGAAGGACUGGUAGUUUUCCCCACUCUCGUCUUUUCACCUACCAGUUGGUGCUCGCUGCGCUGCUCUCUACGUUGUCCCGGCAGCAGACCUGUCUAGUCCAGGAUGUCUCCUUUGCCCCUGCUGAGUGGGAUGUUGCUGCUCUUUGCCCAUAGCUGUGGCGGGGCCGGCUCUUUGUCCGUGGCGAUGGGUGGUGGCCAGACGCCACCACAGACCCAGUCCCAGCUGGUGCCAGAGGAUACUGACUGCCCGUCCUGCGCCCUGGCGCGGCUCAACGAGGAGGAGGAUGGCAGCAAACCCGAGGUGGUGGAGGCGGUGAAGAGGCACAUCCUCAACAUGCUGCACCUGCAGGUGCGGCCCAAUGUCACGCACCCGGUGCCCCGUGCUGCUCUGCUCAAUGCCAUCCGCAAGCUGCACGUGGGAAGAGUGGCCGAGGACGGCAGCGUCCAGAUCGAGGAUGGGGGCCACGGGCGCCCCAAUGACGCCGACAUGGUCGAGACGACUGAGAUCCUUACCUUCGCAGAGGCCGGCGACUCCCAGGGUGCGGUCAACUUCCUCAUUUCCAAGGAGGGCGGUGAGCUGUCUCUGGUGGAGCAGGCUAAUGUAUGGAUCUUCCUCCGGCUGGCCAAGACCAAUCGCAGCCGUGCCAAGGUCACUAUACGCCUGUUGCAGCAGCACCAUGGCGGAGACGGCCAUGAAGAGUCUGUGCCACUGGCCGAGAAGGCAGUGGACACGCGGCGCAGUGGCUGGCACACUUUUCCCGUGUCAGCCAGCGUCCAGGCUCUGUUGAAGGGCGACGGCAGCAUGCUCAGUGUGAAGAUCUCCUGCCCGCUGUGCGCCAACGCUGGCGCCACACCCAUCCUGGUGUCGACCGGCGGCAACCAGGAGCGUGAGCAGUCCCACCGGCCCUUCCUCAUGGCGGUAGUGCAGCAGGGCGAGGGCGGCGAGCCACGGCGACGCCACAAAAGGGGCCUGGAAUGCGACGGCAAGGUGCGUGCUUGCUGCAAGCGCCAGUUCUAUGUCAAUUUCAAGGACAUUGGCUGGAGCGACUGGAUCAUAGCACCGGGGGGCUACCACGCCAACUACUGUGAGGGCGACUGCCCCAGCCACGUGGCUAGCAUCACAGGCUCCUCGCUGUCCUUCCACUCCACCGUCAUCAAUCACUACCGCAUACGGGGCUACGCGCCCUUCCAGAACAUUAAGUCAUGCUGCGUGCCCACGAGGCUACGCGCCAUGUCUAUGCUCUACUACAAUGAGGAGCAAAAGAUCGUCAAAAAGGACAUCCAGAACAUGGUUGUAGAGGAGUGUGGCUGCUCGUAAAAGCCUGGCGGAGCUGGUGGGGCUGGGAAGUUGGUCUCAUGCCCAGAGAGACAGAACUAAACGGAAGAGGCCCUUUAUCUCUCUCUCUCUUGCGUGCAAGACACUUGUCAAGACCGACUCCUAUUUGGACUCAAUGACUGGCUUGUUCUCCGUCGUUGGCAAGUCCAGGGUGUAUCUAUAACUCAGAGAAAUCUCUGUGGCACUUUCAAAAAAAAAAAUACAUAAUAUCUAAUAUAUUUUUGUUACAAAACAAAGGGAGGGAGGUGAGAGGAUAUUUAUGUGACCCAGAUGCGGUGUAGUUGCUCCUUUCAUGUACUGCAAGAUGAGAGACCAUGCGAAUGAGGUGCCUGAAAAAUAUACAGUUGAAGUUGGAAGUUUACAUACACCUUAGCCAAAUACAUUUAAACUCAGUUUUUCACAAUUCUUGACAUUUAAUCCUAGUAAAAAAUCCCUGUCUUAGGUCAGUUAGGAUCACCACUUUAUUUUAAGAAUGUGAAAUGUCAGAAUAAUAGCAGAGAGAAUGAUUUAUUUCAGCUUUUAUUUCUUUCAUUACAUUCCCAGUGGGUCAGAAGUUUACAUACACUCAAUUAGUAUGUGGUAGCGUUGCCUUUAAAUUGUUUAACUUGGGUCUAACAUUUCGGGUAGCCUUCCACAAGCUUCCCACAAUAAGUUGGGGGAAUUUUGGUCCACCGCACCAAAGUACAUUCAUCUCUAGGAGACAGAACACGUCUCAUUCCUGAGCGGUAUGACGGCUGCGUGGUCCCAUUGUGUUUAUACUUGCGUAAUAUUAUUUGUACAGAUGAACAUGGUACCUUCAGGCGUUUGGAAAUUGGAUGAACCAGACUUGUGGAGGUCUACCAUUUAUUUUCUGAGGUCUUGGCUGAUUUCGUUUGAUUUUCCCAUGAUGUCAAGCAAAGAGGCACUGAGUUUGAAGGUAGGCCUUGAAAUACAUCCACAGGUACACCCCCAAUUGACUCAAAUUAUGUCAAAUAGCCUAUUAGAAGCUUCUAAAGCCAUGACAUAAUUUUCAGGAAUUUUCCAAGCUGUUUAAAGGCAGAGUCAACUUAGUGUAUGUAAACUUCUGACCCACUGGAAUUGUGAAACAGUGAAUUAUAAGUGAAAUAAUAUGUCUGUAAACAAUUGUUGGAAAAAUUACUUGUGUCAUGCACACAGUAGAUGUCCUAACCGACUUGCCAAAACUAUAGUUUGUUCACAAGAAAUUUGUGGAGUGGUUGAAAAACGAGUUUUAAUGACUCCAACCUAAGUGUAUGUACAUUUCCGACUUCAACUGUACAAACUAUGCAACUUGUCAAGUAUUACAAUCCAUAUUUUUUUUUGCCUGUUUGAUUUUCUCAACUGUUUACUUUUUCAAAACUAAAAAAGAGGAAGACUUUUUUGAGUGUGCGUGCGUGUAUGCGUUCAUGGUGUGUACGUGCUUGUGUGUGUGAGUGUGUGUUGUUGAGAGAUACUUGAAAGAAACACAUUGGACCAGAUGCUGGAACCAAACAUUUCUCUAUGUAUAAUUAUUAUAAUUUGCUAUUGAUAAUAAUAUUAUUGUUGGUUGUUUUUGUUACAUUUCUGUUGAAAAACGUUACGAAUGUUUUCAGUUUGCACUAUACCAACAUUCUGAUCAGCCUAGUCACAAAUAUCAAUGGUAUUCUAAGAGAGGUUAAAAAGCACUUAUGAAUCAAAACAUCUAUAGAGCACGUGAGUUUAAAACAGAGAUAACGAGAAAAAAAGACGAGUAGAUAUAAUUUUGAGUACACAUAGAUGCAUUAUUACAGCAUUUUUUUGACCACCAAAGAGGUAUUGCCAACCAUCAUUGUGAGGCUGUUACAGAUCGCAUUAGCAUAGCCUAGCAUCAGUGCCCAAACAUUCCUUCUGCUCCUGCACAAUGACUUCAUUUCCCAUAAUGCUUCACUCUAACCUAUACUUUUCACAAUACUAUCUUGUUGGAGAGCGGCAUAUUAUUGUGUUAUUAUUGUAUUAUUAUUUGAUUAUUAUUGUAAAAGCACUUACUGUAGGCCAAUUUGUCAUGUUUUGGCAGAAAAUGAAUGUCUCCAUUGAAUUUGGAAGUCUGAAAUAUGUUUCCUGGAAUUCUAGUUAAAAUAGUUUCAUAUUUCAAAAUAUCUCACCAAAUAUUGGAGGUCCCAUCUUACAUCAAGCAAACGUUUUUUGGGCUGUUUGGAGAGUUGGUUUCCUUCGCUUGCCUUCAUACAACAUUGUACAUGGUCCAAUGUCUAAAAUGAAGCAAUUAGAAACUUUGGUAACACUUUCUUUUACUGCCUGCUUUUUUACCAGCUAAUUAUUUACAUAGUAAUUAUAUUUUAUCUUCUUUGAGAUUCAUUGACGCAAGCUUCAAUAUGUAACAUUUGGUACUAGUUAAAGCAGUGAGUUACCAGUAUUAUGGAUAUCUAUUUCAAUGUUGAUAGUUUAGAAGUACAAGGAAGUAUCCAUUGGGCAUAGUUUCUUAGUUAAUACCAUGUAAAGUGUACCAGUUUAAAAUGGGCUGUAAAAAUAAAUGUUACCAAAACAUUCCCCCACAAAGUGUUGUCUUGGAGUAUAGACUAAUUUAAGAAACACAUUCAUGUACCUUACAGUGUGCAUUAAUGCAUACAGCAUCAAUAGAAAAAAAGUGGUUGUAUUUGUUUUCAUUUUCUUUUAUCAAUACAAAAGAAUUGACACUGAAACAAGUGGACUUAGAAUAAAACCUAUAUUUUUUAUUCUGUAUAUAUUGAAAUGCAAAUACCAAUAUGUUGCAAUGCUUUGUUGUACAAAUCCAAAAUGUGCUUGUGGCAAAGUUUUUUUAUAUAAUUUAUUUUGCAGUAUUUUUUUUGUUUCACUUCACCAUUAAAGUUAAA